UAGAUUUUUCAAAAGAAGAAGAGAAAAACAAUUUCACUUAUUUCUGUUCCAUAAUUAUAUUUAUAAACAAAAAACAGAGUCAAUCAUUACAACUUAAGAUUUUAACAUUUUUGCUCUACUUGUGUCCCCAGGAUUAGAACCUUGUAGGAUAAACUGAAAUUAUUUUGGUAUAAGCAGAAGUAUUAAUCUUGAGAUUUUUUUACAUUUUGGGUUUUUUUUUUAAAUUUUGGGAUUUUUUAAAAAUCUUUGGAUAUUUUUAAAUUAUUGCUACAGACAUACCUAUUAAGACAUUCUUAAUAAAUUCCCUAAUAUUUUAAUAUUAAUAUUUCAAACCAAUCCUAUGCAUUGGGUUACAUUAAUUUUGCUUCAGUUUCCUUUGUGAUAAGGUUAUUGAAAUAUUCACCCCCUUGCAUAAAAUCAUAAAGAUUUUUAGUCCAAGAAAAAUGUUUCAAGUCCCAUGAUAGCUUCUGACAUCUAUUUUAUUAAAUUUUACUUUUAAAUGUCUCUCAUGUUUCUCUUCAAUAAGUGUCCUAAUAUAUUUUGUUGUCAAACUAGAUUCUCACAAGAUGAGGUAUUUAAUCCACUUAUGUUUGUGCUUAAAAGAGAAGUCAUGAGAAAUAUUUAACAACUAAAAAUCAAGUAUAAAAUGUGUCCAAAUAUUAAAUAACACAUUAAGUUAAACAAGAGUUAGAAAGCAUGUUACUGCUUGCCAAAAAAAAAAAAAUUAAUUCUCCCAUUUACUUAUCCUUUAACCAAUGUUGAAAUUCUAAUUCAUUUUUUAUUUCUCAGUCUUCUCUUUGAAAGAAGUUGAGUAAAAAUCAAUAGGUAAUCAUAAUCAAGGAUCUCAUACUCAUUAACAUCUUUCAAGAACAUAUAUUUCAAUCUUCUUUGCCUAACACAAUGCACACUUGGGGGUGAAGAAUAAACGCGAGAAAAGAAAAUCAACUAAAGGACAAAAGAGUAAGGGAGAACACAGACACAAAUGGGUUAAAAGAAAAAAAUGAAUGAGAGAAGCAUUCAAGAUGAUACUGCUUUAAUAGUAUCUGGGAGUACACAAGGGAGGCUAGGAAGAAAAGGAAUUGUGCUGACCUGUAAGAAAUAGGCUGUUUCUGGGAGCUGUCCAAUGUACUAACAGCAGCCACACAACUUACCUCCUUAGUAGGAAUUAUCUUUGGGAAUUCUUCCUGGGACAAAGGCCUCUCUUUACUCACCCUUUAAGGCUAUUUCUUCUAAUCCAUCUUUAAAACAAUUUUCUAACAUGUUAUUCUGCUCUUCCAUGUUUUCUUAAAAAUCCCAAAUAAAUAUAGCUACUGGCAAAGAAGGAAAAAUGAACCCUUCUUCGUUAAAAUAUUAGAGAUAAUAUGAAAACAGUAAAACUUCAUUUUCCUUAUACCAAAUUUUAAAUUUCCUUUCAUCUCAAAAACAUGAUCUAAUGAUAACUCUUAAAUCUCCCUUAAAUAGAAUUCAGUGUAGUUUCCACUUUUAAGUCCUGUAGGGCAGUACCAAUCAAUGAGGAAAAUAAGCCAGAUGGAAGUGAAGAUUUAUCUUUGUUCACAAAUACCAAUCCGCAAUUUAAAAGUCCAAAGACUUUGCAACAGAGGGUGAGCUGAUAGACCCAUUGGCUUAUCAAAGGGUAAAUCGCGUUUCUGAAAGGAGACUGAAGAUGUUUUGUUUUGGGGGAGGGAGAGUUUGCUUUGCCCUCCCGCCCCCCCACUCUGGGGUUAGUGAAGUACACUCAGAGAAAAUAUCAGGAGCCUCCUUUUUUUCAUUUUAUUGCCGUCAUAACUUUUGCCCUGAAGUAAAAUCUUUCACUUUACAUGAGUAGGAGAUAAGUAGGGAAAGGAAAGUCAAGUAUCUCAGUUGUUAGGCUGAUUACAACAAAACCGACUUUAGAAGUCAGGGUUUGUAACGCGGCAGGAGAGCUGUUUCGAUGCCCUGGAAGGAGAAAGCCGGUUCCAACAGCGACUCUUGGGAAUGCGCUCUCCGCUCCCCCCCUACCGUGCUUACUUAAGCUAAUGGAAGAUCUUGCCUUUCAGUAGCCGCUGCACUGGGAUACCAGACAAACAGCUCCCCUCGACCCCUGGCAGACAGGGCCCCUCUUCAGGACAUCAUUAAAAGCACAUGCACUUGUUUCACACCCAUUGGCAGCCUCGGGUGGCAAGAUUCAGGACUUCUACUCUGAAGCCAAGGAGAAGCCAGAGUGGUGGAAAACAUCCUUGCUUUGAAAAUCCAAAGCUAAAUUAAAGAGCUACAUGAGAUAAGGAGCCUGAAGAAUAUUAGUUGGCUGCGGGGGGUGAGGAGAGACACAAAAAGCACAGCAGGUAAGAGGCUGGGGGUUUGUUGCCAAACUGUCCCAGGUGGCGCAUCGAAAAGGAUCUCAGAAUUGGAGGCCUAUCCCUUUGAGACUUCCAUGCGUGUUCAAGCUUGUCUUCUUCCAUCAGUUUCGAGAGGACGACAUUGUCCGAGCCUUCCCUAUCGGUGCCACUAAUCCUGUUAUCAACUUGGUUAUAAAUAUUAAUUCCCCUGGCCCUUCGGUGAUGGUGCCGCAUCAGAUUCAGAGCUGUUAGGAGUCUCGCCCCUCCCUGGGAGAAACCGAUGCGAGGCAGGGCCAAGUCGAUGCGAUGGCGGCUUAUCCGGAGAGGUGCGUGGACGCCACCGUGCUGGACUUCGUCGCAGACCUGUCCCUGGCCUCCCCUGGGCACCCUCUCCUCUGCGACUUCGUACCCGGGGUUCCCUUUGGGGACCGGGACCUUGUGCUCCGAGAGGGAAGACGCGGGAGGCUGGCACGUUUUGAGGAGGAGGACCCAGAAGAGGAGGGCGAAGUAGACGAGGGGGAGGAGGAGGAGGAGGAGGAAGAGGAGCAUGGGAGAGGCGCCUCCCCGCUGGGCCGUCCCAAGAGGAAAAGGGUGAUCACCUAUGCUCAGCGCCAGGCAGCCAACAUCCGCGAGAGGAAGAGGAUGUUCAACCUCAACGAGGCCUUCGACCAGCUGCGAAGGAAGGUGCCCACUUUUGCUUACGAGAAGAGGCUGUCCCGAAUCGAGACCCUACGCCUGGCCAUCGUCUACAUUUCCUUCAUGACCGAGCUCUUGGAAGGCUGCGAAAAGAAGGAAACCGGCUGAGGCGGAGUGGGAUGGAGGGGUCUGUCCCCUCUUCCUGGGCGCGCGCGGCCUUGGGGUGCUUCGGGAUCCGGCAGGAUGCGGCCGAAAGGCCAGGAGGGACUCUUCAAGACAGAAUGUCUGGCCUUUUGGAGUUUGGUUUGGAGUUGCGAAAUCCCCACAGCCCUCGAGAUGAGUGGCAGCCGUAGAGUUAAUAUACACGCGAACGCUCUCCGUGGAGUCUGGGGCAGGGGCGGGCGUGGCGCCUUAGGAGUUAGAACGCGCUGGGCUUGUUGACGCGAGCGCCCAGAAACAGCUUCUGCUGCCUAUUGGGUGAGGAGCUAAUAAUCCUCUCCCCAAACUGCAGACUUCGGGGGCUUCUGUAGAGUCCAAAAUCUUCUCUUUUC